AUGGAUUACGCGCAUUAUCUGGCCCUGUACUAUCUCAUCACCGAAGGGAGCUACCCACGUGAUAUGCAUGACAACAAACUUAAACGGCGUUUACGCAACAAAGCAACACGAUACUUACCUUAUCGAGGGCGAUUGUUUAUCAAGAAUAAAGAUGGAAGCUAUGGACAAGAAGUGCUGCAUUCUGGUAAUGUGAUGGAUGUGAUUGCGAAGGUGCACAAGGAAGGCCACAUGGGUAUCAACAAUACUUGGCGACGAAUGCGAUUACAGUAUGAGGGAUAUCAGCUCUAUGAUCGGGUGCGUGAAUAUGUGGAAGCGUGUGAGCAGUGCCAAUUACGAGCGAGGAGAAGACAUGUACGGCAAGAGGAAUCGCAUCCCAUACCAACACCUACACGACCUUUUUACAUGAUCGGAUGUGAUGCAGUGGGACCGAUCAACCCUCCGAGCAAGAAUGGGAAUCGUUAUCUUCUGGUUGCGGUGGAUUACUUGACAAGGUGGCCUGUCGUUGCAGCAGUACCCAACAUCAAUGAGCAAACCACAGCAGCAUUCCUAUUCAAUUGCAUUGUUAAAGACUUUGGCGUACCAUCUUACAUUUUAACCGAUCGAGGAGCCAAUUUCAAAUCUGAUUAUGUACACACCUUCUUGAAGUGGAUAGGUUGUAAACCCCUGACGACGACAGCUUUCAGGCCUCAAGUUAAUGGACUUUGUGAACGAAUGAAUCAGACCAUAGUUGAGGUUUUAUCCAAGAUUUGCCAAGAUCAAGACAUGCUGGAUCGAUGGGAUGAGUGUUUGACACAUGCAAUUCUUGCCAUUCGAAGUACACCCAACGAUGCAACAAGGUAUAGCCCUGCGAUGUUGUUAUAUGGAUAUGACAUACGCACACCAGCUACAUGGCCUGAACCAAGACAAGAUUUCGUUGAAGGGGAAUUAGCGGAUGAAGUUGUGAGCAGGAUCAAGGUGAUUGACAGUAUUAUGCAACAACAUCGGGAGGUAUCCAGGCAACGUACACAAAGGAAGCAACAAUCAAGGAAGCAACGUUAUGAUGAUAAGGUGGUGCAAAAGCGAUUUGCUAUUGGUGAUCAAGUUUUGAUGCUCGACAAGCAUAAACCACACAAGCUUGCAAACAGAUGGAUUGGCCCGAUGAUUGUGUCGCGUGUUAACAAUCAUGGUACUUAUUGGCUACAAGGACCUGGUGGCAAGCGUUUGGAUGGAGCGGUAAAUGGUGACAUGUUGAAGGCAUGGAGAUCAAGGGACAAACUCAUACCGGAUGUUGUGGCACAACGAGCUGAUCGGCAAUUACAUGCAUACAUUGAACGCGUACAACCUGGGAUAUGA